GUGCGCGGUUGGGGCUCCUGCUUUAGGCCGAAACCUCCACCUUCCUUACGAUCGUUCCCUUCUAUCGCCCGCUCGGCCCGAACGACAACGACGACACCGAUUUCUAGGCCUUGUCCGCAGAGGGAUCCGACUCUCCCGGCCCAGAGAGGUUUCCAGUGAAGGAGAGAUGGCCAGCAAUCACAAAUCCCCAUUGUCUCGCCCUGCUACAAGAGGUGGCGUGGGGUUGACAGGAAGGCCUCUCUCUGGAAUGUGGCCUUCAUCGGAAAAUGCUCGGUUGGCGGCAAGAAUGACUCCUACGUCAAGGCCUGGUUCUCGUGGUGGAAUCUUAGGACCUUCAGGACUGCUUACCUCUCACAUUAAAGUUGUAGAUCGCCCGGUGACCCAGCAAGGUUUGCGUGGAAUGAAAACUACAGUGAAAGGUCCUCAGAGGCAGAUUUUGGAUAAGUCUUACUAUCUUGGUGUACUGAGAAUGAAAAUAAGUGAAUUCAUAGCAGAAAUAAAUAAACUGCAAAAAGAAAUUGAAGUGUUCAACCAAGAGAAUGCUGUGUAUUCAUCAUAUGAAAAAAGGGCAGAGAUUUUAGCUUGUGAAAUCAAAGAAUUUCAAGGACAACUGGCAGACUACAACGUGUUAGUGGAUAAGCUCAAUACCAACAUUCAGAUGGAAGAAGUAAUGAAUGAUUACAAUGUGCUGAAAGCCGAAAAUGACCGAGAAGCCCAAAGAAUGGAUGCCAUUUUUAUGGAAAGACAAGGAAAGGAAAAGUUAAUUCGAGAAGUAGAAGAAGAUAUAGAAAAGGAAGUGCAAGCGGUUGAUGACGUUAUUAAAAAUAUGUCUACAGAAAAACAAGGCACAUACUUUGGGAUGAAGGCUACAAAUGAAAGACUGUUGCAGCAAUUAGAUGUACUUCAGCAGGAGCUAGAUACCCUGAACGUGAAGAAGGAGAACCUGGAAAUUGAAUUGGGAAACUCCCAAAUAAAGCAGGAGGCUAUCCUGCUGUAUGAAAAACUUGAUGAACUGGAGUCCCAUCGAGAUAAAAUCAUUUCAGAAAGCAAAAAUGUAGGAUCGCCAAUGGGAGAGAGAGAACAGUUACUCAAACAGGUUAAAGAUGAUAAUCAGGAAAUAUUGUUAAUGGAGAGACAGCUAGCCGAUAUAAAAGAAACAAUUAUCAAUUAUAGUGAAGAAGUACGACAGCUGGACAUGGAAAUAGACGAGCACCAAGGUGAAAUGAGACAGAAAUACAAAGAGCUGAAGAAAAGGGAGGAAAACAUGGACUCCUUUCUUGAGUCUUUUGAAGAAAUGAGGAAUCAGGAACAAGAUCGGAAAACCCAGAUAGAAACCAACAUUGUUUCACUGUUGGAGCAUUCUAGUAGAAACAUAAAUCGCAUGAAACAGAUUUCUUGUGUCACUAAUCAAGAUCUGAAGUUGAUGCAGGAAGACCUCAAUUUCAAAUCCAGCGAAAUGGAGAAAUCACGGAGUACAAAUAGAAAUCUGAAUUCAGAUAGCCAACGUCUGCAGUUGGAUCUGCAGAAGAUGGAGCUCCUGGAGAGUAAGAUGAGUGAAGAACGGAGUUGUCUGAAGAAUAAAAUUGAGCAGAUGACGAAGGACUUGGAGAUUUAUGGAGACAUAAUGUCUUUGAAGAUGUCAGGUGAAGAAAAUAGGAAGAUACUCUACCAGGAGAAAGCAAAAUUUUCUAACCGUAAAAUCUCCUUUAACAAUGUAAUGGAAAAGCUGAAUGCCAAGUGUGAGGCUCUCAAGCGACAAUUGCAAGAGAAUGAGACAUAUUGUCAGCUUAUCAAUUUGCAAAAGAGGUGGCAACACCAUGAGCAAAAUAACUUUGUGAUGAAAGAAUUUAUAGCAACCAGGAUUCAAGAAAGUGAUUAUCUCUCGAUAAUGAAGAAUGUGACUAAGCAGAUUGAAGACUAUAACAAAAAUAUCAUAGAUGUUUUACAUGGCUGUGGUAGAAAUUGAACCUGAAUCACUUUCUACCUAUGUAAUUUAGCAGUCCAAAAUCUUCUACCAUUGAAGAUGUUCACAAGUACCACAAAACACUGAAUUGCCUGAAUUCCUGAAGCCCAGCUUCUAUAUGGAGAGAAAGGGAAUGCUUGACACUUAAGAAUUGCUCUAAAAUGAUUCCUUUAUAUAAGCUACUCGUCAAUUGCAGUCUCUGUGCAACUUUCAUUUUUGAAAACAAUAGAUAUUAGUCAAUAAUAAAAGAG